AAACCCAAAUGUUCCUAAAACUUUCACUCUAAAACCCCAAAAUUAAACAAACACACCCUCUCUCUCUCUCUCUCCCUCUCUCUCUCUGUCUCUCAUGUGUUUUGUAUGUACCUCCUGCUGCUAAUGGUGUAUCAUCAUCAUCAUCAUCAUCAAACGCUAAUUCCUUAUGAGACUACCAUUUCCAACAACUUCCCAUCAUCAUCGUUUCAGAUUAUUCUCUUCAUUUCUCACCUUCUUUCAACCCACCUUUUCUUCUUCUUCUUCUUACUCCUCCACGUGGAGCCUCAAUCACAGUAAUAACAUUCACAUGGAACCGUCAACACUCACCACCACAGCCACCACGACAACAACCACCACCAUCACCACCACCACACGUCGCCGUAAACGUAAAAUCGUCAUCAUCAUGGGUCCCACCGGCGCCGGAAAAUCACGCCUCUCAAUCGAUCUAGCUACUCGUUUCUUCCACAACGCAGAGAUCAUAAACUCAGAUAAAAUGCAAGUUUACAGUGGUCUCAACAUCACAACAAACAAAAUCACCAUUGAAGAACAACUAAAUGUCCCCCACCACCUUCUCGGAACAAUUGACCCGACAAAACCCGUCUUCACACCUUCAGAUUUCCGAAAACUCGCAUCGGAAUACAUCUCCGACAUUAAACUCCGACGAGGAUUACCUCUAAUCGUCGGCGGGUCAAAUUCCUUAAUCUAUUCACUAGUUACAAAACGGUUCGACCCGAAAUCAGACGUCUUCAACGGACCCGACCCGGACCCGGUUAGUACAGAGCUUCGUUACGAUUGUUGUUUUAUCUGGGUUGACGUAUGUUUACCCGUUUUAAACAAAUAUUUAUCAAAACGGGUUGAUGAAAUGUUGGAUUCGGGUAUGUUUGAAGAGCUGGUGGAGUUUUUCGGGUCGGGUGAGAAUAAUGUUAUAAACAAGUCGGGUUUGGGUCAGGCGAUAGGGGUACCGGAGUUUGAGACGUAUUUUGAAAAGUUUCCGGGGUUUGGGAGAUCGGACGGUGGGGAUGAGAGUGAGGAUGACGUGGGACGAUCUGAGGCGUACGAUGAAGCAGUGAGGAGGAUUAAGGAUAAUACGAUACAGCUGGCGAAGAAACAAGUGAGUAAGAUCCUACGGCUGAGAGACGCUGGAUGGGAUUUGAGAAGAGUAGAUGCAACGGAGGCGUUUAGGGCGUUGAUGACGUCAGAUUCCGGUGGUGGAAGGGUGGCGGAAUUAUGGGAAAAACAGGUGGUGGAACCAAGCAUGAAGAUCGUGAAGCAUUUCUUGGAUGAGUAGGUUUUCCAGCUAUUUCCAGCCCAGCCUUCAUUCACUCUACAAAUUUUUAAUUUUUUUUUUCUUAUUAUUAUUUUUUUUUUAUAAUUUUUGAUUUAUUUUUUUCCACUCAAUGUAAAAGUUUCUUCAUAAUUUGGGGGGUUCGACAUGGGUUUAGCCGGUUAGGUAGGUUAGGACGUGGGUCGAACCCAUCUGACCGGAUGGCUCGACCAGUUUUGAAGCAUUAGUGAUCAGUACACGCCUUUUUGAUGAUAAACUUAUAGCAAACUUCAAUUCCACAUUUUUUAUAUAUUCAUCAGCAAUUUGCUAAA